GAUACGAAGCGAUAAGCCUUGUCAGUUAGGCGUCGGCAUCACGAAGCAGUUGCUUCCCCACCAACACAAAACUAAAUUAGAAACUGAGGGAAACAAAUCCACUCGCCGCGGAAACCUUCCUUCUGGUUCCUCGUCCGGUCGUCCGUCCCUUCGCGCCCCUGAAAUUGCUCGACCGCGUGGCGACUCGGGUCGGAGUAACGGAUGCCGGUCGACGUCGAGGCGGCGAUGGGCACACCUCAGCCGGCAUCGGCGUGCAGCUCGUCGUCGAUAGGCGGGGACAGCGACGAGUGCUCGCCGCCGGGGAAGGAGGAGGAAGGGGAGGGGGAGGUGCAGAGCGCGUACGCCGGAGGAGGAGAAGGAGGGGGCGGCCUCGCGGGGUUGGAGGCAUUGGAGGAGGCGCUACCAAUUCGGCGCAGUAUAUCCAAAUUCUAUAAUGGUAAAUCCAAAUCAUUUGCAUGCCUUAAAGAAGCCAUAACAUUUUCAGGCUCUGCAAAAGACAUUACUAAGGCAGAGAAUGCAUACUCCAGAAAACGGAAGAAUCUCCUUGCCUACAGCAUCAUGUAUGGAAAUUCAUAUGAAACAUCAGCAGCUCAAGUUUAUGAAACUGCUCCUCCUAAGAGGCUUGCUAGUUUGAGUAGAAACUCUUUGGUGACCUUGGCUAGCAGCAGUUCGAGGAGCAGCAGCAGUAUCAGCAUUCAAGAGCAUGAACUGCCUGAGCAUCUCCAUUCUCCGUGUUCACCUGAUGGGUUUAUAUCCGCACCACCAUCCGGCUCUUGCGUGCCUAAUGCAUCAUCUGUGCCUAUGAGAUCAUUGUCGAUGAUGGAUUUGCAUCGUGUGCAUAGGUCAAGUUCCUCAGUUGGUCUCAAAGAUAGGAAAUAGGAAAUACGAAUAGGAGGAUUUUCCAUUUGUUUUUGUCAUCUUUUUGCUCGAGGUUUCUAGUACCAUCUUCUCUAAUAGAACUAAGGUUGGCAAGGAGGUUUCUGGAUAAAUAAGGGAGCACUUUAAGUUUGGCGAGGAGGUAUAUUUGUGUUUGUAAAAUAGUUCUUUACUCCAUUGUAAAUUAGCAUAAUGUACUAAUAUGAAUCCUCUACUCAUGUAACCAGCAUCUUCACCUGUAAAUUAACAAUAUCUUCUGAUACCUUUUGCUCGUCUUCUCCAUCAUGUGUAGAUCAGACAUUCAGAUAACGAGAUGGUUGUGGCU